UAUCGUACUAUGUUGACAACACAUUAUAAGAACGGCCGUAUAGCAAUAUUCGAUUGAAGCGUAUUGUAUUGUGUCCAUGGUUUUUAUUGGCUCUCUUACACCCUCGUGGAUUACGCAAGACAGACGUAAGAGCAAGUAAAAAAAAGGUCGUUCAUAAUUGCUAGGAGAAGGUUUUGUAAACAUUAAAGCCCUACGCCCGAUUCAUCAUUCAGAUCAGCGAUACAUCUUGCCAAAGGACAAUUACCUGUGAAACAGAGAGGCAAAGCAGGAUAAUGAAGCCGGUGGUACUCUUUUUGUGUAUCACCAUGUCGGCACUGGCUCAAGGUUGGCUGUUUCCAAAGCCUGAGGUCUGUUUUAACAAGUACGGCUGUUUUAAGAAAACACGUGUCCUCGCAAAGUUGCCACAGGAUCCAUCCGUCAUUCUGACAAAGUUUCAUCUGUUUACCAGAGGCUCUUCCCAGUCGACUCUCAUUGAUGAUAACAACCAAGCCAAACUCAGAGCUUCUAAUUUUAAAAUCGCUAAACGAACGAUUUUUGUGAUUCAUGGGUUUUUAGAAAGUAUUAAAACUUGGGCUCAACCAAUGAAAGAUGCUCUUUUGGAGCGAGAAGACUGUAACGUUAUACUGGUAGACUGGUCCAAGGGAGCUGGCAGUGGGCCGCUCGAUUAUGCACAAGCAUCUGGUAAUGCACGGCUUGUCGGAGCUCAGACAGCAGUGUUGAUAAAGUUCUUGAUAUCCAGUGCUACCGGCUCUUCUGGGUCUAAGAAUUUGGGCAAGCGAUUCUACAUCGUGGGGUUCAGCCUUGGCGCACAUGUUGCAGGGUACGCUGGUCGCCAUCUGCAGGCUAAUAACGGAAUAAAGCUCGGAAGAAUUACAGGUUUGGAUCCUGCUGGUCCACUGCAUAUAAAUGUAGAUGCUGAUUUGCGAUUGGAUAAAAACGAUGCUGAUCAAGUUGACGUCAUUCACACAGAUACUGCAGGUUUCGGGACGAAACGGGCUGAAACAGUCGGGCACAUCGACUUUUUCCCUAACGGUGGUGACAAACAGCCUGGUUGUGAUUUUGACAUACAGGAUGUUGUGUCUUCGGUUUCAUGUGACCACAUGCGGGCUACUGAAUACUACAUUGCAUCUGUUGGGCAAUGCUCAUGGAAAACACAUCCCUGCAAAAGCUACAAUGAUUGUAGAGAUGGAAAGACCCUGAACUGCCCUGCUGGUGGAUGUCCCUCUAUGGGUUUCGAUGCAGAUUCUGCUAAGCACGCUGGGAGAUUCUACUUGCAAACAAAAUCGAAAGCUCCAUUUUGCUGAGAGAGGAAUACUCUACUGACGAAUCAUUGUACUACAGCUCUAUAAUCUAUGUGCAUACAAGUAGUACAGAUCUAUAAUCUAGAUGUAUGCAUGCAAGAGCUAAAUUAACUUAACUGAGGUAGAAAUGUAACAGUCAAUCCUUAAAAGCAUUUUACGCACAAUAAACUUCCAAGUUUGAAAUA